AGCGGCACGACGAAUCCAACAGUCAAACUAUUUUGCGUCGAUCUCGACACGGUGGUGCUGGGUAACGUGACUUUGGUGGAGAUCGAACAUCCGCCGGAGCUGUCUGCCACCGAGAGGAUCCUGUCGGCGGUGGACUUCCCCACGGACAGCCUCGUGUACGCGACUUGGAUGAACCGGGUGCAGAACAGGGCGUAUUUCCAGCUCUGCGACGUCGACGGUCCGCUGCCGAACUGCACGACAGCGCUCUCAUAUGGCGAGAAAAAUGGCUGGGUAGAGCAAUUCGAAGCGCCUAUAUUCAGCGAGGACGGUACGUCGUUCCUUCUGAUAUUACCGCAGAAACAGAAGAACGGCAGCAAUUGGCGACACGUUGCGCUGGUUACGAAUGCAACCAGCGGCAGGCCGACCACCGCCGCCCUCACCUCCGGCUAUUUCGUCGUCACGGAGAUAGUGUCCUGGGAUCGGGAGAACUCGUAUCUGUAAGUACGAACGCAGUCUAUU